UAAUUUUUUUAAUAUAUGAAUUGUAUUUUUAAAAAUACAGUGAUUUUAUGUACAAAUAGUUUAUUUUAUAAUCUUCUAAUUUGUAUCAUAAUUAUCAUAACAAAAUUAUCAUAAUUAUCAUGCAACUUAAACGAACAAGGUUGGAAAUGAUUGAUACCGAGAAAAGGUAUUACAAUAAUAUUGAUCAAAAUGAAAGUGGUUCUUACAAUUGGAAAUUAUUUCUUACAUUAUUCAUCAUCUUAAUUAUAAUAAUUUUAUUUAUAACGUUUUAUCGUUAUAUCUAUGGACAAAUCAUUUAUAUUUUUAAAAGGUUUAUUAUAAUUUGUUUGUGCAAUGUAAUAUUUGUAUAUAUUUUUUAUUUAUAAUAUAUAUACAUAUAUGUAUAUGUAUAUACAUAUAUGUAUGUAUAUAUAUAUAUAUGUAUAUAUAUAUAUACACACACACACACACGCAUAUUUAGUUAUUGAUUACUAUACUAAAAUUACAUUCAUAAAGAUAUAUAACUCGGCGAAAUGAAGAUAAGAGUGAUGGCAUCUUUUCUAAGAUAAAAGAAAUUUAUAAAAAACGUUUUUUAAAAUCUUAUACACGUAAUUCAAAACUUAACAUGAAACAUGAUGAACAAAGGAACAAACAAAAUGAAAAUAAAUAUAAAUUGAAGACUCUUUUACAAGUACUAUAAAAAUAUAUUAAAAAUUGUUAUAUAAAUUAAUAAUCACGAUAAUUUAGUUUUUAUAAAUAUACAUAUAUAAAAAUUUAUGAUUAGGAAAAGAAAAAAUUACUUGCUCCAAAUCAGAAUAAAAUAGUAACAUCAACUAAAAAUAUAGAUUUAAGAAAACAAUUAUCUUGGAAAAUGUCUUUCUCGUGUUUUUCAUCAGCUUGUACUAAGUACAAACAUGUACCUAAACCAAUAUCAAAUAAAUGGAAUAUUAAAGAUUUUGAAAAUUAUAAAUACAAUGAAUUAAGUUCUCAAAAUAUAAAAAAUCUUUGUAAAAACUCACAUCAGGUAUUAUUUAAUUAAUAUUUAAUUUUAUAUUGAAUGUAAUUUUUUAAUUAAAUAUUUUUUUUGUUCUAGAAUGAUAAAGAUAUUUGUUUCUCAGACACAGAUUUUAAAUUUUUAACAAUAUCUUCAAAAUCUGAUAGACAAAGUAAUGAACAAUUAUUAAUAUGUAAAUUGAAUUCAGGAGAUAUUUACAAUUCUAAAAGACAGAUUAGUUCCAAGCAGAUAGAAUUAAAAUUUGAAAGUACAGAUUCGUUUAGUGAUAAUACACAAAAAUACAAAAUUUCUAUAUCUAAAUCAAGCUAUUCACCUUAUUCUUUAUUAACAAAAAAUUUAGCUAGUGAUUCAAAAUAUUUCUCAGAUUCUGCAAUUGAUAAAUCGGAUAUUUUAUCAAAUACUUUUCUUGGCAAAUUAAAGAGGUUUUUAAUAAUUUAUAAAUAUGCUAUUGAAUCUAAUUUAAAUUAAUAGAUUAAUUAUUUUAAAUAUUUAUAUAGAUCAAACAAUUCUUAUACAAAUUCUACAUUAUCAAAUACAUCUAAUAUAAUUGAAACAAAAAAUCAAAUUUUACAUAUAAACUCAAAAACUGAAAAUACUUCUAUGUGUACUAUAAAUAAAAGUGAUACAAUUGAAAGAGACAAAUCAAAAUUAAAAAUAAACUCGCAAAUAAACUUAGAUAAAUGUGCACAUUCAAAAAAAUUACAACAAAAAAUGAAAUCAUCAAUAGACAUAUUACAAAAUGAAAUAAAAGAAUCUAAAAGUUUUGUAAAAAUAUCAAAAUCAGAUAAAAAUUUCAGUACUUCAUUAGCAAAAAACAAUUUCGAUAAUUUUAUUAAUUGUAAUUUAAAUAAUUUUACUACAGAACAAACAUCUAUUUCUACACCUAAAAAAUUAGUUUCUAAUAAUGAAAAUAUUUUUACUAUACCAAAUCAUAAAUCAGAAAUAAGUGAAACCUAUGAUGAAUUAGCAAUAUUAUUUGCACAAUACAUGAAACUUCAAACUCGAUUGUGUCAAAGAAAAUAUUGUUUUUUAAAACGAUAUUUAAAACAACAAACACAACAUACUACAAGGAAAUGUCAAAUGAGAUUUAAUUAUCAUCGCAUAUAUCCUUAUGAUCAAAGACCAAUGUGCAACAGUGGAAAUAUAUGUAUAGAUACAUAUGAUGAAUUAAAAUUGAUGUCUACAUCACCAGCAGAAAGAAAGAAUAUUUACCAACAUAUGUUUAAAAGAAGAAAGCAUUUUUUAAAUCAGCCAUGCAUUUUAUCUCUCUCUAAUUAAAAUCUUACAAUAUUUGAAUGAAAUUAAGAAACCAAUUUUUGAUUAUUGAUUAUAAUUUUCAUUAUUUUUAAAUCCAUUUUUAUGUAAUAAUAAGAGAAAUAAACAAUAUAUAUAUGUU